AGAUGUUUAUAAAUAAUUUUUCUUGUUAAAUGCACUUUUACCAUAUCAUUUCUUUAUGUCCUUCUUGCACUGAAGCAGUGGAUCAUUUUCGUUCGGUUUUAUCGUGCUGUACUAUAAUUAUGGUACGCGCUGGAAAACGAAUCUGAGAUUCGAAUCUAACUUCACCUGAGUCCUUGAACCAACAUCAUCAGCUAAUAUACUGCAUUACAGAAAAACAUCAUGUGUUAAGAAUACUCGGUAAAUGUGGGGAAGGUAGGGAUCCACAAUGACACAGAAUCAACAGUCUCUAAACCCCUUUUUAUGGUCAGUGGACUGUCUCGAAGUUCUGGCACCCAGAAAAAAUAGUUAGUUUUUGAAAUACAUAAUAGCGAUGUUGUAUGUAAACAUUGCAGCAUUAAAAAUGAUAGAGGAAAAUUUCAUAUGUAAGGGAGCUUUGGAAGAUCAGGGAUGUAUGUAUCACUUACAUUGUGAUUUUUAAUAUGAAACACAGUAUAAGCUAAAUAAUUAUAACUUCAAAUACUCUUUAACUGUAAAAAUCCAAUAUGCAUCAAUCAUUAAAAUAAUUUGAGUAGGUACUAAAUGAAAUAAAAGUCAUACUGUCAAAUGGUGGAAAAUCAUUACAGUAAUUUGGGUGUUAAACAGCUGAACACUUAGUUUUUGUUUUCUUGUUUGGUUGAAUUAGCAACCAUUUAAUUAUAAACAUGACAAAAUAAUUAGUUUUUUUUUUUCUGAAGGAAACCUGGAAAAGUCAUAACAGCAGCUUAGGGUGGUUAACAGCUUGAUAACAAUGACUUCACCAAAGGUUAUAUACUAAGCACUCUAUUAAAUGUAAACAUUAAAAUACUCUUUAAAAUUGUACAUAAUUAAAUAUUAUAGCAUAUAUUAAUUUUCAGUGUAGGCAUGUAAUGAAUUACAAGCAGUAUUGCUACCAGAAACAAUUACUUUAAGCAAUUAUUACCUCCCAUCAUAACCAUUUUUUUGUAUCAUUUAAAUUUUUGAGGUCAGCCGGAAUUUCAAUAACACAUCACAUCCGUCCGUCAGCCGUUGAACGAUGUACAGCACUCGACCCCACUAAAGGAAGACCGAGUGCUGCACACUGAUGGCCUGAAGGACCAUAAAGGCACGGUGAUGUUCGGUGAUGCUGGCCGUGUUGAGCUGCAAAAUGUGACGGUGGAGCUCGUACCCAAUGAGAGCACCCUCUUCUGUGUGCGACACUCCGCGAACGCUGCCACCCGGAGAAAACCAACAGAUUUCCCCCUUGCGUCUCUUUUUUUUACACAAGCUGAUAAGAGUUUUGUACCAAUUUAGUACACCGUAGUAAUAACAUAACCUGGGAAGUUUUUAAAAGCAUUUUAACUUCUUGAACAGGAUUAGUGUUUUUUAUUUUGAACGUAAUGUUGACGUUUUUGCUUAUUUGAACAUUUGUUUCAAUUUUUCCGACUUUAUAAGUCCAGAACUAAUUCUUUAGUUGUUCUUUGCAUCUAACACUGCCUUGCAUUGACAAAGAAUGCAUCAGGGACCAAACGCAAAUAAAAAGAUAAAAUCUAAAACAUGCGACAAAAAAGCUAUAGGUCUAAUUUUGGUAAAACUUAAGAAAUGUGUUUAAAAAAAUUAUAACAAAAAUAUUUUGACCCUGACCUUUUUGCUCAAUAUGUAUUUUCUUAAUGGGUCCACCAACACGCAUGUUCAGUUUAUUUUGAACCCUCUUCAAAUCAUCCUGAAUAUUAUACACUUUGGCCCUUAAAUAAUUAUGAUUGACCCCAAGUACAUGUUUUCUGUACUUUUACCAACACUGUUUGUUUCUGAUGUUCUGAGACCUGUUGUAAAUCAAAUUUGUUGAAUACACAAAAUAAGUUGCUUGGUAGUCAAUUUCACAGGUUUAAAUUCAAUUUUUAUUGCUCAACAGUGACUGUUAGUCUUGUUGAAAUAUGAACUGCUCGUCCGAGGUCAAUAUAAAAUAUCGUAAAACUUCAGGUCAAAUAUUGCGAACAUUACCAUGUUUCGGUAAAAAUACCACCAUGUGGCUUCCCCCCGCACCCACAUAGCUGUUGAAUGAUCUGUCUCACACUCCAGUAGUUCCUUAGUCAUCUAUCGACAGUAGCUGAAAGCUGGAGAAUCAGCAUUUUAUGUCAUUGUCAGUAUUCUGUUAAUGUGGCUUGUACUACAAAUAAAAAGUAAAUAAUUUUUGAUGUGCUAAAUAAAGUUAUUAUUGGAAACAAAUGUUUUUGCUGUCUAUAUGUUUUCUUGGAUUAUUUUUAGCUAACAUAUGCAAUGUUCAAAAAUGUAUUGGGAGUUGUAGGUAUUUAUUUUUGAGAAUAUAUACAACAAUGUAGCAAAACUGAUAAUGUCAGCAUGAUCUUGGAUAAUAAACAUUAAACACUGCAUCUUCUGCCCGUCCAAGGAAAAGUAAUGAAACUAGCUCCAAAUAUAUCAUACAUAUAGCGAACAAAAAAUAAAUGAAAGAAUGGUCAUUUGAUGUCUCUUCGAUGACACGGUUAUAAACGAAGAAUAGGGGUGAAGCAGUGUGACAAUAAAAGUGACGAAAUGACUGGAUGGGGAAGAAACAGGGACACCCUAGAAAAUGCAUCGGCUCAUGGCAGCAUCCACUGUGUUGCAGACUUGAAAAAAAUUCAGGUUUUAUCCCACUAGAAAUCUAACACAGUUUUUUUUUUUGGGGGGGGGGGGGGGGGGGAGGAGUGGAACAAGAUCACUCUACACCCUCACAGGGACAUAACUAGCGGGGAGCAGAAAAGGCUUGUACCCUGGGGGGCACUGGCAGAGUAUAGAUAUUUAUUUGAAUAUUGUAGCGUUUAAACACAAAAAAAAAAAUUGUUAGAGGGCAGAUGAACUCAAUUAUUUGUAUUGAAAGAUUCAUACACACAUAUCGUAAAAUAUUUAAAAACUGGUAGUUUUCGCGCACCAUCCAACUUGUGAUAGUGUUAAAAAUGAAAUGACUGUAAAUAAAUCUAUUUAUUUACCAUCUAAGUUGAAUCACAAAUAUAUUGGAAAUAGUGUAGUGGAACUAAUAUGUGGCGUGGAUGAUAUGAGGUGUUGUCUGGAAAGGUUUUGGUUUGUUUGAUUUGAAAAGGAAGGGAGGUGAAGUUGAGUUCUUGCCGCGACUUGAAACGGGUCUGGUAACGUCCGUGCCACCACGGCUCAGCCAACCUGGGCCAUUGCGAGGAUCACACUUAUCGAGUUAGCCAGAACAGCCAUGAUUUCUGACUGUCUUAUGGCCAGUUGUACCAUUCUUUGAUCUACAAUCAAAAAAUCUUAGCUCUAGAAUGAUCUAAAGAUCGAUCCUCAAAACAUACCACCAACACAUGCUGGAACCACAGUGCAUACACUUGCAAUCUGCGGUACUACAGUGACGGAGAAAGUUCGGUGCAUUUCUAUUGGUGGGCUGGAACUAUUUGAAGUCAUUGAAAUCGAAUGUGACGUGGAAAGCAAAUUUAUGAUUUUUCCACAAGAUAGCGGCUGAAUGAGGAUUUUUAAUGCCCAAAAAACAUACAUCAGUAUUAAAAAGCUAUUGCAAACUGAAUCAGUCUGAAAUAUGAAUAGGUUUGGAUAAAAAAAAAGCCUCCAUUUAAUAUGGAAAAUUAUUCUGCCAAAAUAAAAUAUUUCUCUUAACUAAAAUGAUGGGGAUUUCAAAAACUUAAAAUAUGCUGUGCCAUUUGAGAACUGGUUGUAAUAUUCAAAAAGCAUAAUUUUUCAUACUUGUGUUAUACUGUAUGAUCUGAAUUCUCUAAUUAUUACGUAUGUCAGGUUUCUGGUUAAAUAAUAAUUGGACGGCUUUUAUAUAAAAAGAACCAAGCGCCAUUUUUUACAUUUUUGAGAUAUACCCUUAACUGAAUGCAUGAAACACACUAAAUUCUUUAAAAAAAUAGACCCAAGUGAUAUCUAGGCUGUGCUCCUUUCUGUGAGCACUUGAACCAACAACCAUUUUGCAUAGAGGUUUUCUACUUUUAUUUAAACUGAACCAAGUGACAUUUGGCGGUUGGUUCUGUUUAAAGAAAAUUUAAUGUGUAUUUUCUUUCUUGAGUUAAAAAGAACCAAGUGAUAUUAUGGUGAUUGUACAGUAAUAAUAUUGUUAAAUCAAACAGCUGUUGGAUUCAAUUUGUUUUUAAUUCAAUGUAGAAUUUGAAAUUCUUGAGGGUACAAAAUUCUAUAAGUUAAUAUUAGAUUUGUUAUUGUGUGUGUGUUUUUUUUUUAACAAGAUCAUGAUGUAUAUUGUCAAAAGGAUCAUACAAAUGAUGAUGAAGACUGGGAUGAUAGUGUUCAAGAUCCAGACUACACUCCACAUUUAGAUUCAGGCAAUGAAGGUGAAUAUAGAGAGACCAAAGACAUAGAGGAAGACAAUGAAGAUAAUAGUAAUGUACCUGAAAAGUUAGAUGGACAAACGACUCAAAAUAAGAAAGGAGGUAGACGUAAAAAGGGGAGAAAACGAAAGCAUGUAAGUCAAACAUGUCAGACACGGAAAAAACUGAAAGACAGCAACAAACCUCAUUUCGUAGUUAAAGGUACUUACUGUAGUCGCAAAAAAUUCAAUGAUUUUAAUUGAAACUGCCCUAAAUGAUGCAAAGAAAUGUUAAUAUUGAUUCCAGAAAAAAAAUGUUUGAGAAAUUUUGGGAUUUAGGAUCUUAUGAUUGCCAGACUACUUUCAUUACUGCACAUAUUCAAAAGGUAAAUGUUAAAAGAAAGAGGGGCAUUUCCAUACGCACGAGUGUGACAUUUGCAUGAUUAUCUAAGAACUUCAUAUUAGUUUUAUUUACAAAAUUUAAUGUACCUCUUUUUAAAACACAAGGAUAUAGUUCUUCCAAAAAUCUUCUAUUUUGUUCCAUUAACAAAAUUAAAAUAUUUCUUUUGGUUAUGCUGUUGUUAAUAAGUGUUACGGGUGUGACAAAUUUUGGACAUGUUAUACGUGGCAAGCAAUUGUCUAUAAAAUCUCUGUGAACUAGUGCCAGGUAAACAAAAAACAAUUCUGAUUGCAAGUACUUUACUUGAAAUCUUUUACACAGACCCAACAAAUAUAAUGGUAGGAAGCACAGUUACUGAAAAACAAAUUUUCUAACUUAGUUACGGGUGUGACGCUGUUUGUUACGGGUGUGACCUAGUCCACAAAAAAUUCACAAAAAUACAUAUCUUUAUUGUAAAAAUAUACAGGGCAACUAUGCUUUAAUUUAAUAAGACAGUCAUGUAUGUAUCUGAGUUUAACAACUGGUGAUUUUCUUCAAAAUGAAGACAUUAAAUUUUUACAAUUUUAAGUAUAAAAUACAUAUUUAUAAACAUCUGCUCUGGCAAUCCUACAUUCUACAUGACACUGCAAGCAUUAAACUUUCUAAUAUUAUGAGUUAGCCUAUCAUUUGUGUAGGAUAAACAUAUACAAACACACAUUUCACAUACAUUUUUGACAGAUAUAUAUAAACUAUGCUUGCACACUAAUGGCCGUUGCUGGUGGGAAAAUGUAAACAAUUCUGUUCCCCACUGCUUUUAAGCAAGGAUCUAGAAGAAUGCCUAUAAUUUGCUGCACAGACACAUAUGUGGUGUCUUCUUCAUUCAUUCUGAAAGUGUUUUCCCCAGCACAUUUCUUUAAAAAACAUUACUUUUACCUCACUUUGUUCAUCAACAUUACUUUGACAGAUACCCACAUACUGAUGAUUAAUAGGAAUGUUUUUCCCCUGUUUUGCAAACUGCACUAAAACAUAUGUUCCCGGUUUCAAAUUUUCUGUGUUUACAGGUGUUGAAAUUCUGCCUUCUGCACAUUUAACUCCAUCAUCUGUACUUUAAGAGUCAGUAGAAUCAUCACUGUAGACAUCUUCAAAGCAAAGAGAUUUUGUUGAUCCAAACACACAGCAUUUCUGAAUCUCUGACACUGCUGUAUGAGCAAUGAGUAAAUGCCAUUUGUUUGAAACAGCAAUAAAGUGUUUUGACUAAAGACAAGGAAUAGCAUUGACUUUGCUCCACCUAGCGUUUAGCAUCUCUUCUGCGUGUGAAAUUAUGUCAUGUCAUACAUACAAUAUAUGUACACCUUUUACAACCCUUGAAGCACAUUCAAAGAAUUGUUUAGCAGAGUUCACAGUUGCUCUCCGUGACUUAACUUCACUCCAUACCUUAUGUUUCAACAUUCAACCUAGCCCAUCAACUGGCCCCUUGCCAUGUGAUGUUGCGAAAAAGUAUCAUUCGCCCUGCACACCAAAAUCGUCUUCCCAAAAGCACAGAUUUGACAACGUGUAUUUAUUCUUGAAUUGGGCUGCACACCCAUCAGAAAACACCAAUAUCUUGCUUAUUUUGUGGAAUUCUUUCUUCAAAGCUUGGAUUAUGUGUUUUAGCAUUGUCCACACUGCUACUUUACUGUGUGAUAAGUCAUCACUUAUAACUGCAAAAGACCUUGUGACACCAUUGUUAAACCAUGCACAGCAAGUGAAGAUUGUAGUUUGUUCAUGACUCCAAUGAGCGCUUUGUAUCUCAUCCUGAUACAUUGCAGCAUAGUUUUAGGCAAAAUCUAUUUGCAGCACAGCUUCUUCAUCUGAAAUACUAGCACGUUUAUUUUUGAAUGCAGUUGCCUGAACUCUGUAAACAAAAUAAUGAGCUUUGAAACCAGGCAUUUGCAUUUCAAGCUCAUUUACUGCGUCUUCAAUACUACCCUCCAUAUCCACUAUUUUUGGUCGGCCAUCAAUGUUUUUCCAUUGUUUCCAAUGAAUCUGUUUCUCCAGGUUACAUUCCAAAGGUAAAAUAUCUUGAAUCUUGCAUUCACACUUAUGGCACAUGCCAGUCAUACAUGAUUCAUUUGACAAGUUGCAGCAUGUAAGUUGUAACAGAUCUUUACAUUUCAUAGGAAUGUUUUCAACUUCUUUGUUCAACGACUCCAGAAGGAAUCCAAAAUUGGCAUGAUGGCGACAUACACAAACAUUGUGAGGUAGGUUUGAUGAUGGUAGCACAUGUUGUGGUCUUAGAUCAAAAAAUUUUGAUCUACCUAGUUUUACAUCAGUAUACUCAGACUUGAAAAUGUCAAAGGCUUUUGCUAUGCUCAUUAUCAUGUGUUUCUUUUGCUUUGUUUCCCAUUUUUCUGUUACUGGAUCUUUUAUUGUCUUGACAUCUCGCUUUCCAGGUGCUUGACCACUAAUAUCAUCCCUUUCAAAGAACUGAUAAACUUUUUUCUCAAGUUCCUUGCUGACUGCAUUCCUGGGUUUUGAGUUGGUUUCAGUCCUAGGACUUCUAACCUGUUUUGGAAACUCAGAAAUAGUGUCACAAGCAAGUUUCCUUACAACUGCCGUAAUUUUUCUUGGACUUGUUGGAAAUAUGGAAGUGGAUUCAAAACAUGGGAGCAAUACACCUGUGGAAAUCAUCCUUGAUUCCGAUGAGGAAGCAAUGGAUAGCAGCUCAAGUGGAGGGCGGAAACAGCUUUGUUGCAACUACGACUGUACUUCUGGAAAAAAUUUGUCUGUGGCAUUAAGUUUUGCACUGUCAUAUUAUAAUAUUGAGGAUGUUGAUGGAAAACAAAGGAAGAUCUGCGCAAAGUGCUUGCAAACUGUUCUGAAACACCAAGAAGAGAUGGUCGCUACUGUGGUUGACCGCAUACCGUUACUUACGCUUCCUGUCCCACCAAAUCAAAAUAAAAUAGUCCUCAGUGAUUCCGAAGAGGAAGACACAGAACCAUCUGACGAGGCAUUGAUGUCACCCGAACUUAUGCAUCAUGCUAAUAUCAACAUGAACACGGUGGUUCGAGAAGUUUAUGAGGAGUACAAUAUGGAUUACCAAAUCUCAGAGGGUAAAAGAAUCCUCGCAGAUAAAGUGGAAGUUUGCAAGGCAAAGGUCAGUAAAGUUGCUAGAGACCAAAGGAAGAUACAGGAAACGAUAAAUCAGGUACGGAAGUUGUUGUACGAAGGCUAUAUUCCACAAUACCGGGAGCUCCCUCCGUUAGAGAUAAUGGAUGUUCAAGAAGAGCACGAUCCUAUUGGAAUUUUUAGUGUACUGGAUUCUUCUCCAACACCUGUGCCCACAGCUACGGUAGGUCCCUCGAAUCUUUCUUUUCCAGCUUUACGUAAACAUCUCAAGUCUUCCAGUGAAGCUAUUUUACAGAAAAAAUACCCUCAGGGGGUAGCAAUGAAAAAAGUCAGACAGGUUCGCUCCACAGUGUCUCCCAAAGUGAACCGGGCUGACUUGGAGAUUGCAGACAUCGUGCCUCUUGAGCAUGAACCGGGUACUCAGAAGAGAGAUGAACAUUUACCACCGUUUGGCCCGCUGAUUCGGCCAAGGCCGGAAGUUGGUGACGUGAUGUAUGUCAUGAAGCUCAGCUUCUACGGGGUGUGGUUACGGGCCAGAGUGAUAGAUGUGAUGCUGAAAGGAAGCAAAGGGGAUGGUGCAGACCUGGGUCAGGACACGUUCAAGGUGAAAUUUGAAACUUCAAAGAGCACUAACGUGAAAGUUGUAACCGGGAAGCAGUUGGCCUACCCAACGCCUUCUCCUGUGCGACUCAACAUCGGUACCCGCGUGAUUGCCGUAUUUGUCGAGGAGGACUACAUCAAAGAGUGUUACUACGCUGGGGUUAUUGCGGAGCCCCUCAAACCGACGAACAACUAUCGUUACUUGGUAUUUUUUGAUGAUGGCUAUGCCAAGUAUGUGCCUCACGACAAAGUUUUACUUGUGUAUGAAAGUUCUGAAUGUGUCUGGGAUGAUAUGCACCCAGACUCUCGGGACUUUGUACGAAAGUACUUAGAGCAGUAUCCGGAGCGUCCGAUGGUCAGGUUGCAGAAAGGGCAGUUCGUCAAAACUGAGUGGAAUGGCAAGUGGUGGCUAGCAGAAGUGGUGGAAAUUGAUUGUUCUCUUGCGAAAAUGCACUUUCUUGCAGAUCAAAGAACAGAGUGGAUCUAUCGUGGUUCAACUCGGCUUGGACCUCUCUAUGUAGAAAUGAAGAAAGCAUCCCUCUGUGAUAAGGCAACAAUUCGUCACAGAACAUCAGGCAUGACGUCUCUCAGGCAGAGAAAUCUACCUUAUGUUGAAUACACCAACCACGUGGAUGGUGAAGAGGAUAAGGCUCCAGGGCCGAUACGUGCCGUUGCAAAGAAAAGCACAAUCAGAUUGCCUAAUAAUCUAGAGCAAAGUUUGGGAAAAGCUACCUAUCCUAGAGUCUUCAGAUACGACCCUGGUGUUGUCUUAAGCAACUAUAUUGAACCUUUAACAAAACCAAAAAAAUUUGUGCCUCAUCAGUGUUCAGAGGAGUGCCUAUCAGAUGUGUAUGACUUGUUGUCUGUGAAGGGUAACAAUCCUCUUCAGAUUCCAAUUUACUUGGGGUGGGAACGACAUAUCAUUAAAUACCCCAAGAACUCCAAAAUAGUUAUGUACACAGCACCAUGUGGACGCCGACUGCGUAAUUACAACGAGCUACUUUUGUAUCUGAGACACGUUAAGUCUGCUCUUAGUGUCGAUAUGUUUGACUUUGACCAUUGGGUUAAUAUAGAUGCAGAGUACCAGGUUCCUAGCGAUUUCAUCAAAGUUGUGGAUCUUUCGGUAGGUGUAGAAAAUGUACCCAUUCCAUGCGUAAACUACGUUGAUGAUUUAUCGUUACCAGACUACGUCAGGUACACUGCUAAAAGAGAACCGGCUGAAGGCGUCUUCUUGAACACAAGUGAAAACUUUCUCAUCGGCUGCGACUGCGAAGACAACUGUAGCGACCACAAGAAGUGUGCGUGCUGGCAACUGACCAUCGAAGGCGCAAAGAAUGCUGCUGCAGCCGUCGCACGAGGCGGGGGCGGAAUGGUCGAUAAGUCCAUGCUGGAUCAAGCGAUCGGCUACGUGUGGAAGCGCCUACCGGACACCGUUCCCACCGGGAUAUACGAGUGCAACUCUCGUUGCAAGUGCUCAGACGUUUGCAGCAAUAGGGUUGUCCAGCUGCCCUUGCAACAGAAGCUGCAAGUUUUCAAGACAGAAAACCGUGGCUGGGGCAUACGCUGCAUAAAUGACAUUCCCAAGGGAGCUUUCAUUUGCAUCUACGCAGGUCAGCUGUUGACCGAGCAAGCAGCUAACGAAGGUGGGAUAAACUGUGGUGACGAGUAUUUGGCUGAGUUGGACUUCAUCGAAGUCGUGGAACGCUUCAAAGCUGGCUACGAGAGUGAUGUGGUUGAUGAUGGGAGUGCUUCAGAUGAGGAUUUUGGUAAAAUGCUGGUUCCAGCAAGGUCCAGAACGGGCGAAGUGAACGUUGGAGAGGAUGAGUCGAUGCAUCAAAGAGAGGGCCGGGACACCAACAGAGAACUGAGACUCGCAACGCGGAGACCUUCACCUUCUAGUGGACGUAGUUCAAUAAAAACUCGUUUGAGAAAGCGCACCGACAGGGAAAUGUCCGAUGACUCCGACAGUAGAGGUGGUGAAGGUCCUACGAGCGAGUACCUGGUAGUGGUUAUCAGCGAUGAUGAGGAUGAGAGUACAUUGCAGCAACGUGAACCAUCUAAAUUUGCAGUGACUGGUGACACCACCGGUAGCAGCGAGCUCAGGUCGAGGCAUCGCUCGGUGAGAGACUUUUAUUUUCCAGACAGUUUCUGCUACGUGAUGGAUGCCAAGAUCACUGGGAACAUAGGACGGUACAUUAACCAUUCGUGCAGCCCUAAUGUUUUUGUUCAAAACGUGUUUGUGGACACACACGAUCUUCGGUUUCCGUGGGUGGCGUUUUUUGCCAUAAAUCACAUCCGUGCAGGCUCGGAGCUAACGUGGGACUACAACUAUGACAUUGGAAGUGUUCCAGGUAAAGAACUGACAUGCUUGUGUGGUUCAAAAGAUUGUCGUGGGCGACUUCUGUAAGUUGUACAUACUUGUCCAAGGCUUGUGUAUGUCAUUUCAAUUUGAAAUUGUAAUUUGCUUUGUUGUUACUUUAAUUUAUAUUUGACUGUGCUACAUACUUCAAUCCUCAGUUUAAUACUUUGGGUUUUCAAGGUAACUUGUAUUGUGACAUUCUUUCAAUAGAGUAUGUUAUAAAUAACUUUUUAUUUUUGUUAGACUCCCAACUAUCCAUGUGCGGGAUAUCUGGUUUGCGGGUUAACCAUGCCAUAUUUCACUACCAUAAACAAAAAUAAUUUUUGAGUUUUUAUUUCAGUGCACGCAGAAUGACAAUGGCACUUGUGUAGCGUUAAAAAUGAUGUGAUGAAUUAGUAAUACAACAAAUUAAAAAUGUAAUGAAUCAACCAACAAUAUUUUGCUCUUUCCUUAAUAGCUAUUUAUUCACUUCCUUCAUUGCAUAUUUAUUUCCACCAAUGCCAAAGCGUUCAGCCAAUGUAUAUGUUCCGUAUACCCACACGUCAGGUGUGUCAGCAGCAUCUCUGGAGAGAAAAACUAGAAGCUUUCAGGGCUAGUUUACCUCACGUUUACUAGGAUGCGCUAGUGGCAAUGGCAGAAACUGGUGUAUUAAACAGAGUCGGAAUUACAUUAACAGGUUAAAUAAUCUUUCUAACAAUAUAAAAUGUUCAGUUUAUGCUUUUUUAAAAUUAUUAUAACUGAAAUAUAUCUCCCAUAGUUUUGUAACUCAGAAGUGCUGGUAGCACCUACAUAGGAAUGUUAUGCCCAAGCCCUAUUAUUUAAACAAUGUGGUACGUUAAAACGUGGUUGUUUAAUCUUAAAUUGUUAUUCAACAUGUAUUUAAAUGUUCUUAAAAUGUCUUUUAGACAUACCUAAGUACUGAAAUUAAAAUGGCAGACAGCAAAGCUCACUUAACCUGAUUGGAAAACAAAUAUUUUGAUCAAAAUAUGUGUUCUCUUAUGGAAAAAACGUAUUUAACUACUGCUGUUUUGAUUAGCACUCUGUCUUACUGUUAUGAAAUUGGGUGUUUCUUCGAGGGGUGGGUGUUACAGAGUGGUUUAGAUGGUUGGGAUGAAAAAAUUUUAAUAAGUUUUUUUGGCAUCGUUUUAACCAUGUUUUUCGGUUAUCCCUGGACCCCUUGCCAGUCAUUAUCCCGGGCAAUUGGGAAUCUACUGUAUAAGUGUUUUUUUGUUAUUUGUCCUUAAAUUACUGCAAUGUUGCAUUAGCGAAGGCAUUUGUGGUACAAUAUUUUUAAUGGCAUUCAUUUGAUGGUAAGAAUCAGGAAUUAAAGAUUUGUUACUUUAGGUUAGGGUGAAUGCCAUUUAUGAAAAUAUUUUCAUAUUAGUCAUGACAAAAUUUAUAUUUUAUUGAUCAUAGUCCUCUCAAAAAUGUUUUUUUUUUUUUUAAAAAAUAUGUGUUGUGUAGGAGGGUAAAUCCUAUUUAUAUAUUUUUCAUACCACAAAUAUUAAGAAAACGUUUUGACUUUAAUGUUGAGUAUGUACAUUAUGUAAGGAAAUGUCUAUUAAUAAAUAAUAUUUGUAAAAUUAAAACCAAUGACACAGAAACCUUGUACUAUAAAAAUAAAAUUAAGCUAAUAAAAAUUUUAAUGUUGUC